AUGGCUCUGUGUACAUUUCCUUGUUCUGGGAGCUUGAGAAAGGGAUUGAGAGCUGAUUUUGAGAAGCACCCAAGUUUAUGUUUGCAAUGGCUAAAUGGGAUGGGUCUACAGUGUCUGGUCUUCUGCAAGAAUUACCAGACAAGGAAAAGGUCAGCUGGGGUUUGUGCAUCACUUUCAGACAGAGGGGAGUAUUUCUCUCAUAAGCCAGCAACUCCUCUUUUGGACACUAUCAACUACCCAAUCCACAUGAAAAAUCUCUCAGUAAAGGAAUUGAAACAGCUUGCAGAUGAGCUGCGUUCGGAUGUUAUUUUCAACGUGUCGAAAACCGGGGGUCAUCUUGGUUCGAGCCUAGGUGUUAUCGAGCUCACCGUGGCCCUUCAUUACAUUUUUAAUGCUCCUCAAGAUAGAAUACUUUGGGAUGUUGGCCACCAGUCUUAUCCUCAUAAGAUUUUGACCGGCCGAAGACAGAAAAUGCCGACUCUGAGACAGACGGAAGGCCUUUCAGGUUUUACUAAGCGGUCUGAGAGUGAUUAUGACUGCUUUGGUGCCGGUCAUAGCUCGACAACUAUAUCAGCUGGAUUAGGGAUGGCCGUGGGAAGGGACCUUAAAGGCAGAAAGAAUCAUGUCGUGGCCGUUAUAGGCGAUGGUGCCAUGACAGCUGGCCAGGCAUACGAGGCAAUGAACAAUGCCGGCUACUUAGAUUCUGACAUGAUUGUUAUUCUUAACGACAACAAACAAGUCUCUUUGCCCACUGCGAAUUUGGAUGGCCCCACUCCUCCAGUUGGGGCGUUGAGUAGUGCUUUGAGCCGGUUACAGUCCAACCGGCCCCUCAGAGAACUAAGAGAAGUCGCCAAGGGAGUGACUAAGCAAAUUGGAGGGCCUAUGCAUGAGCUAGCGGCCAAGGUGGACGAAUAUGCUCGUGGGCUCAUCAGUGGAUCCGGGUCAACCCUGUUUGAGGAGCUCGGGCUUUACUAUAUUGGCCCUGUUGAUGGUCACAAUCUCGAUGACCUGACAGCGAUUCUUAGAGAAGUUAAGAACACUAAGAUUACAGGCCCGGUGUUGAUCCAUGUCGUGACCGAGAAAGGCAGAGGAUACCCAUAUGCCGAGAAAGCUGCAGACAAGUAUCACGGCGUGACAAAAUUCGAUCCGGCAACUGGGAAGCAAUUCAAAUCGAGCACGCCAACUCAGUCCUACACGACCUACUUUGCAGAGGCCCUCAUAGCAGAAGCCGAGAAGGACAAGGAUAUAGUGGCCAUCCAUGCUGCAAUGGGAGGCGGCACAGGCUUGAACCUCUUUGAGCGCCGUUUUCCGACUCGGUGCUUUGAUGUCGGCAUAGCCGAACAACAUGCCGUGACUUUUGCUGCAGGCUUAGCCUGUGAAGGCAUUAAACCCUUCUGUGCAAUCUACUCGUCCUUCAUACAAAGGGGUUACGAUCAGGUGGUGCAUGACGUGGACUUGCAGAAGCUUCCGGUGAGAUUCGCAAUGGAUAGAGCCGGAUUGGUUGGAGCUGAUGGACCUACACAUUGUGGAGCUUUUGAUGUUGCUUUUAUGGCGUGCCUCCCGAACAUGGUGGUGAUGGCUCCUUCGGACGAGGCUGAACUGUUCCACAUGGUUGCAACGGCUGCUGCCAUUGACGACCGUCCGAGCUGUUUCCGUUAUCCGAGAGGAAACGGAAUAGGAGUGGAGCUGCCGAAAGGAAACAAAGGCAUUCCCCUUGAGAUCGGUAAGGGCCGAAUACUGAUGGAAGGGGAGAGAGUGGCUCUUUUGGGAUAUGGAACGGCAGUUCAGAGCUGUUUAGCUGCGGCUGAUUUGGUCGAGCCACACGGUCUGAAGCUGACGGUUGCAGAUGCUCGUUUUUGCAAGCCAUUGGAUCACGCGCUUAUUCGGGCCUUAGCUAAAUCACACGAGGUACUGAUCACGGUUGAAGAAGGCUCGAUCGGUGGGUUUGGUUCACAUGUUGCUCAGUUCAUGGCCCUGGAUGGACUUCUUGAUGGAAAGCUAAAGUGGAGGCCUCUGGUUCUUCCCGAUCGAUACAUAGACCACGGUGCACCGGCCGAUCAACUGAUGCAGGCGGGCUUGACACCGUCACAUAUAGCAGCAACCGUUUUCAAUAUACUCGGAAAAGCUAGGGAAGCUCUUGAGAUCAUGUCUUAG